AAAGUCACCGCCCUGUUCGACUGAACUUCCAAGAAAGAAUUUUGUCUCGCGUUGCUCAAGAAGCUAAACUAACGUAUCUAAACUCAGCUUUAAGAGAGUUACUGUGUAAAUAUGCCGCUGCGAGUUGUCGUGCAGGGUCCUGGACCAUGGGGAUUUAGACUGGUCGGUGGAAAAGAUUUCGAGCAGCCCCUCACUAUCUCUCGGGUAACCCCUGGCAGUAAAGCUGCCCAGGCCAAUCUUUGUAUUGGGGAUAUGAUUCUUGCCAUCGAUGGGGAGCCAACGGAGGGUAUGACUCACUUGGAAGCGCAAAACAAGAUCAAGGGAUGUGUAGAGGAAAUGGUCCUCUCGAUUGACAGAUCAGAAUCAAAAAUGUGGUCUCCACUUGUCUCUGAAGAAGGGAAGAGCCAUCCAUACAGGAUGAAUCUAGCAUCUGAACCACAGGAAGUGAAACAUAUAGGCUCAGCUCACAACAGGAGUGCACUCCCUUUCAAUUCACCUGGAUCAAGGGUGAUUACUAGCCAGUACAAUAAUCCUGCAGGCUUGUACUCUUCUGAGAACAUCCAGAGCUUUAACAGUGCCGUUGAUUGUGUCAAGACUCCUGACGCAUCUACUGAAACCAGUAACAACCCAGAGCCAUCCAAACCUAGUCAGCCAAGACCAGCAGUUGCUGCUGACUCUGAAGUCUACAAAAUGCUGCAAGAGAACCAAGAGUCAGAUGAGCCUCCACGCCAGUCUGCAUCCUUUAAAGUCCUGCAGGAGAUCCUUGAAACUGGUGACUCCGAGAAACCCUCUGGCUUUAGAAGUGUAAAACCCCCCACAACAAAAAUUGCUUCUUCUGUGGGAAGUGCUGAUAAACUCUCUGUAUGUGACAAAUGUGGAUCAGGGAUUGUGGGAAUGAUCGUCAAACUUCGAGAUAAAUUCCGACACCCCGAGUGCUACGUCUGCACAGACUGCGGGGUAAAUCUGAAACAGAAGGGGCACUUUUUUGUGGAGGACAAGAUUUACUGUGAGAAGCAUGCACGUGAACUUGUGACUCCUCCUGAAGGCUAUGAUGUUGUCACAGUCUUUCCAAAAUAGGUGCUUCUUCAAAGCUGCUUCAGAAUUGCACAUUUCCCUGCUCUGGGGGAAUUCUCUACAAAACAUCUCUCUUCAUUUGGAUAGUUCAGAAAAAAAUGUUUGUGGGAAAGAGAAAAACACCACGUUCAAUGUUAAACCUAAUGUUGAAUACCAUAUUUGGUAAUUCCCAGAUUAUAUUUUCUUGGAAACUAUCUAUAUGAGGUAGCACAAAUAGACAUUCUAGUGUCGUAGUCAUUCCAUAUGUUUGGUAGGAAGAAGAACAGGAAAACAUUUGUGAUAGAAAUAAAAAUACUGAGACUUACACAUAAACACCUAUAAUUUUGCACUUAACUUAUGGAUAUGGAACGUUUUGUGGUAAACCUUUGGCACAUUUAAAUUUAAGCUGUUUACCACUUUCUUCUCUUGGCUUUUUAAAAGGAACAAGGGAGCAACAUCUCUCAUCUUACUGGAAAAGUGAAAUGUAAUGAUCUCAGUGAUUCCACUUUUUUUAGGAGCUCCAUAUAUGCACAGCAUCACAGGCCCUACUGUAGUCUCCAGAUUGGUUCAUUGGAGGCAGUUUGUUUUAUGUAAAAUAUUUUCCUUCAAAUAGCUUUGCUGCAACAUUUGUAAUAAAUAUGAAAAAUAAAUAAUCUUUUUUUUAUGACAACCAUGUACAGCUUGCAUAACUUGUUUCAAUAAAUACAUUUUUCUUAAAA